AUGCACACCCACCUUACUGAUACAAAGCUAGAUCGAAGCUUCAUCGUCGCUGCUGUCGCAUCUCACAUGCCACAGGAGUUGGAUCAUUGUGCUAUAACUCCCUCGUUCUCCCUGCUUAUCAGAAGCCCGCCACUCAGCGCUGAGAACCGGACCACAGACCACGCGAGCACAGCAGAGUCUUCACGGCACCACAAACACAUCAUGGGCUACUCAGUAUACACGGCAUUCGCUACGCAAGAUGAAGCAAUCCCCGAAUCCUGCCGCUAUAGAGUUCACAAACAACCUGCUGGCUCAGGCCGCAUCGGCUUCCGAGUUGAUUACAAUGGUUGUGGCACAGGCAGCAUGAUGACCAACGGUCUCUACCCCAGAAUACUCGACCCCGAACCUCGCACACCAUCACUCGAGGUCGCAUAUCAACACCUUCUCUGGAAAUCCCGUCUCUCCGGCCCUUUCGUCAGCAUCUGGCGUUCUUGGGCUCGAGCUCUCCGCUGGGCACGAUAUCUGCAGAAGAAAAAUUGCCGCGGCAUCAUCAUCUACGCCAUCGAUCUCGAAGUCGUACAAAAUCCCAUCUAUGACGCUCAUAAAAUCGUGAAGGAACUGCAACAGCAGCAGGAGCAGCAGGAGUGUCCCACACGCGGUCGGGACCUUUCUCUGAAAAACCACCUGGAAGAACUUCUCGUGUACAAUGGAAUUGAUGCGAGUACAUGUGCGAUUCUAGCGAGUAUACCCGCCGGAAGCGAGAAUGUCAAAGUUGCGGCUCAUUUCGCUCAUGCCUUGAUUCCCAAGGAGUUGUAUAAGGAAAUUUCGAUUUUACAUUAUCGUCAACAACAGCAACUACAGCUGCUACAACUACAACAACAGUUGUUCUUCCCUUACGCCUUUCAACAAUAUCCCGCAACAACAACAAAAACACUGUACAACAACAACUCCUCCUGCAACUUCUUCUCUACAUCCCUCCCUCCUCCCCCAUCAUCAUCCUACCAUCAUUCCGCCGUCCCCAGCGGGACAGCAGGUACAACAUGUACACUCUUCGACUCCCUGCUCAGUCGCUUAUACGUCGACAUACUCCUACGGAGGGGAAAUGUCGAGACGUCGAAAUUGCUCGAGUUGGUUAUUGCUAUGUGUACGGAUUUUGCGCUGGCGGGGAAGAAGGAGAUGGUGGUGGUGGUGGAAUCGGAUGUUAUGGGAGCGAGAUCGAGAGGGGAUUCGGAUUUGUCGACGUUCAGUAGUAGUAGUUGUGGGACCUUUGGGAGUAUGGAAUGA